AUGUCGAAGAACAGCAAGAGUAAGGUACCUGGGGAGCCCACAGGAAGUGGCACUUCCUUGCUUGAGACUGCUACGGCUGCCAUCCAAGCCUUUGCUCCGGUCAACAAAAUCCAUCAACAUCUUUGUGCGUUUCACUUCUACUCUCACGACAUGACCCGCCAAGUGGAGGCACACCACUUCUGCGGCCACCAGAACGAGGAGAUGAGGCAGUGCCUCAUCUACGACAGCCCCGAAGCCAAUGCUAGACUCAUUGGCCUCGAGUACAUUGUGUCGGAGAAUCUCUUCAUGACACUUCCGGACGAGGAAAAGCGCCUUUGGCACUCGCACGAGUACGAGGUCAAGAGCGGUUUACUCGUCACGCCGGGGAUCCCCGGCCCUAUAGAGCGCCGGGACCUGGAGUCGGUUUGCAAGACUUAUGGUAAAGUUUACCAUUUUUGGCAAGUUGACAAAGGUGACUGUCUCCCUCUUGGGGUGCCUCAGCUCAUGAUGGCAUUUACUAGAGAUGGCCAGGUCUACAAAGAGCUUGUACAAAAUUGCGGCAAGCGUUUGGGCGUGGAUCACGAGAAAGAGAGAAUGAACAGAGAGUAUAUGAAAGGACCCGAACAUGGAAUUGAUCCAUUGGCCAAUGGUGGAGGUAAAGGUCUUAAGACUGUUCUUAGAGAGGUCCAUCUCCCAAAGAAUCAACCUCCUUCAUCUGCCACCAGGGUCUUUGUUUGA